AUGUCAUUGUCGCCUGCUACCGAAAUCAUUCCCACGUCCAUCCUUUCUUUCCUUCCUUCCAAUGAUCUAUCUUUAAAGAGGUGUAAACUUUUCGGAUCUAUCUAUCUAUCUAUCUAUCUAUCUAUCUAUGUACCUUUUCAAAUCUAUCUAUGUAACUUUUCAGAUCUAUCUAUCUAUCUAUCUAUCUAUGUACCUUUUCAAAUCAAUCUAAGUACCUUUUCAGAUCUAUCUAUCUAUCUAUCUAUCUAUCUAUCUAUCUAUCUAUCUAUGUACCUUUUCAGAUAUAUCUAUGUAGCUUUUCAGAUCUAUCUAUCUAUCUAUCUAUGUACCUUUUCAGAUCUAUCUAUUUCGUUCAUAUCUAUCUAUCUCAAUAUAUUUCUAUCUAUCUAUCUAUCUAAACCUUUCGUUCAUUUCUACCUAUCUCAAUAUAUUUUUACCUAUCUAUCUAUCUAUCUAUCUAUCUAUCUAUCUAUCUAUCUAUCUAUCUAUCAGUUUCAGUUCAUAUCUAUCUAUCUCAAUAUAUUUCUAUCUAUCUAUCUAUCUAAACCUCCUGUUCAUAUCUAUCUAUCUCAGUUUGUUCCUCUCUAUUUAUCUAUCAUACUCUACUGUUAUCUAUCACAGACUGUUCACAUCUAUCUAUCUAUCUAUCUAUCUAUCUAUCUAUCUAUCUAUCUAUCUAUCUAUCUAUCUAUCAGAGGCUGCUCAUAUCUAAUUAAUAUUUUCAUUAUCAUCUAUCUAUCUAUCUAUCUAUCUAUCUAUCUAUCUAUCUAUCUAUCUAUCAAAUGUUUCCUUAUAAAGAAACAGUUAAUAUUUUCAUUAUCAUCUGUUUAUCUAUCUAUCUACCAAAUGUUUCUUUAUAAGGAAACAGUUAAUAUUUUCAUUAUCAUCUGUUUAUCUAUCUAUCAAAUGUUUCCUUAUAAGGAAACAGUUAAUAUUUUCAUUAUCAUCUAUCUAUCUAUCUAUCUAUCUAUCUCAGUCUUUUUGUAUCUAUCUAUUUAUCUAUCUAUGAAAUGUUUCCUUAUAGGGAAACAGUUAAUAUUUUCAUUAUCAUCUAUCAAAUAUUUCCCUAGAGGGAAACAGUUAAUAUUUUCUAUCUAUCUAUCUAUCUAUCUAUCUAUAAAAUUCUUUUCCUAUCUAUCUAUCUAUCUAUCUAUCUAUCUAUCUAUCUAUCUAUCUAUCUAUCAUAGCAGUCUUUUCCUAUCUUUCUAUCUAUAUCUAUCUAUCUCAGUCUUAUCUAUCUAUCUAUCUCUAUCUAUCACAGUCUUAUCUAUCUAUCUAUCUAUCUAUCUAUCUAUCUAUCUAUCUAUCUAUCUCAGUCUUUUCCUAUCUAUCUAUAUCUAUCUCAGUCUUUUCCUAUCUAUCUAUCUAUCUAUCUAUAUCAGUCUUAUCCUAUCUAUCUAUAUAUCUAUCUCAUCUUUUCCUAUCUAUCUAUCUAUCUAUAUAUCUAUUAUCCUAAAAUAUCUAUUUUUAUCUAUUCUUUCAUCUUUUCCUAUCUAUCUAUCUAUCUAUAUAUCUAUCUAUCUAUAUCAGUCUUUUAUAUCUAUCUAUAUAUCUAUAUCAGUCUUUUCCUAUCUAUCUUUUCUUUUCCUAUUAUCUAUCUUACAAAAAUCAGUUUUUCCUAUUAUCUAUCUUCCUCAUUUCUUUUUAUAUCUAUCUAUCUAUCUAUCUAUCUAUCUAUCUAAAACUGUUUCUAUCUAUAUAUCUAUCCUGUUCCUAUCUAUGUAA